GGCAUCAUGGUCUUGUUCUCUUCGAUCUCUCAGUGAAAAACACAGUAUGGCUCCAAGAAAGGGUCAAAAACAACCAGGUGGAGAACAGAACAUCUCACUAGGUCCUCAGGCGAGUGAAGGUGAAGAUGUCUUCGCUGUUGCACACAUCUUCGCUUCGUUCAACGAUACUUUCGUCCACAUCACCGAUUUGUCUGGAAAGGAAACAGUCGUCAGAGUGACAGGAGGAAUGAAAGUCAAGGCUGAUCGGGAUGAGGCUUCUCCAUAUGCUGCUAUGUUGGCUGCUCAAGAUGUGGCUGUCAGGUGCAAAGAGAUUGGUAUUACUGCUCUGCAUAUUAAGCUAAGGGCAACUGGAGGCAACAGAACUAAGACUCCUGGCCCUGGGGCUCAGUCAGCUCUGCGAGCUCUUGCUCGUUCAGGAAUGAAGAUUGGACGUAUUGAGGAUGUUACUCCAAUACCUUCAGACAGCACAAGGAGAAAGGGUGGUCGCCGUGGACGACGUCUGUAAAUUUGCGUUUGUGAGAAGCAAUAAAAAAUAACCAUAGACACAAGU